AUGGCGUCCGCCGGAAGCGGCAGCAUGGGGAAUGGCAAGGCCGUGCGUGCGCUGCUCGCCAUCGUCGCCGUCAUCGCCGCGUGUCUCCUGCAGCCGUCGCAAGCAGCAGCGAGCGUAUCGGUCCUAGUGCCGAUUGGCACGACGAUGGUGAUCAACGGGCGCGCAUUUUCCUUCUCGUCGCGCCGCUGUGUCAACCUUCCUGCCAUGUCGCCUUCUCAGACGACGCGGGUGGUGGUGCCGUGGAAACUAGCAAGCACGUCUGGCAAGGCUGUGUGCCGCGCGAUCCGGUUCUUCCAGGAUCCCGCGUGCAAAGGACAGACGUUGGACGGCGUUUUCACGAGUGGCCAACAGAGAACGCUCGUGCCUCACUACAGGCUGCCCUGCUAA